CGUGAGGAGGGAAGCAGAGAAAUUGCGGAGGAGGCUGUCUGACUUGCUGAGUUCAAAGUCUGGAGCAGAAGGUCUCCGUUUGACGUCUCCUCUUCCCACCCCCGGCUUCUAGCUGCGCGAUCCUCUCCCUGUCCCUCUUUCCCCCCACCUCCUCUACGGCUUUCCAGCUUCCUCCCUAGCCCCCGCAGUUCCCUUGCUCCCCCAAAUUGCAGUCCGGGGAAAAAGCCCUAAUAUGUCCUCCCGCCCCUGCUCCCCAGUCCCAUUGGCUCCCUCCCGCCCUGCAGCACCUGGCCCCCCCAGCCACCUGAUUGGCCAGCGGCCCCAUCAAUCCUCGCCUGGCCGUGCUGACGUCAUCCUGCAGUAGCGGGGAUGGGGUGGGAAUGAGCGAGAGAGAGAGUGAGGACGCCCGGCUCCAGAACGAAGGAGAAGCAGCCACUGCCGGUUCCCCCCUGCUCAGCCGCCCAGGUUGGGGUCUGCCCGGGUCUGCCCUAUGGACUAGGGUGGGCGGCAGGCUCCUUUCCGUCUCUGCCCUGCUGUCUGCCCUCUCCCCUCUCCUCUUCGGAGAGCCCCAGCAUCCCUUGCCCAAGGUGGAACAAGCAGGGCUCCAGGCUCUGGGGGAGAGCAGUCGGGGCCCUGCCUUGCCUACACCACGCCAUGACCCCCCUGCUGUUUCCCCUCUUGCUGGCCUCCCUGCUCCCCUCCAGCUCCUGUAACAAAGCCAACAAGCACAAGCCGUGGAUCGAGGCAGAGUACCAAGGCAUCGUCAUGGAGAACGACAACACGGUCCUGCUGAACCCACCGCUCUUUGCGUUGGACAAGGAUGCUCCCUUGCGGUAUGCAGGUGAGAUCUGUGGCUUCCGGCUCCAUGGGUCUGGGGUGCCCUUUGAGGCCGUCAUCCUGGACAAGGCAACAGGAGAAGGGCUGAUCCGGGCCAAGGAGCCAGUGGACUGCGAAGCCCAGAAGGAGCAUACCUUCACCAUCCAGGCCUAUGACUGCGGCGAGGGCCCGGACGGGGCCAACACCAAGAAGUCCCACAAGGCCACCGUGCACGUGCGGGUCAAUGACGUGAACGAGUUUGCCCCAGUGUUUGUGGAGCGGCUGUACCGCGCGGCAGUGACCGAGGGGAAGCUAUACGACCGCAUCCUUCGGGUAGAAGCCAUCGAUGGCGACUGCUCCCCCCAGUACAGCCAGAUCUGCUAUUACGAGAUCCUCACGCCCAACACCCCCUUCCUCAUCGACAACGAUGGGAACAUUGAGAACACGGAGAAGCUACAGUACAGUGGCGAGAAGCUCUACAAGUUCACGGUGACAGCUUAUGACUGCGGGAAGAAGCGGGCGGCGGACGAUGCCGAGGUGGAGAUCCAGGUGAAGCCCACGUGUAAACCCAGCUGGCAAGGCUGGAACAAAAGGAUUGAAUAUGCACCAGGCGCUGGGAGCUUGGCUCUGUUCCCUGGUAUCCGCCUGGAGACCUGUGAUGAACCUCUCUGGAACAUUCAGGCCACCAUAGAGCUGCAGACCAGCCAUGUGGCCAAGGGUUGUGACCGUGACAACUACUCAGAGCGUGCACUGCGGAAACUCUGUGGCGCGGCCCCCGGGGAGGUGGAUCUGCUGCCCAUGCCCGGCCCCAGUGCCAACUGGACGGCGGGCCUCUCGGUGCACUACAGCCAGGACAGCAGCCUCAUCUACUGGUUCAACGGCACCCAGGCGGUGCAGGUGCCCCUGGGGGGUGCUGCGGGGCUGGGCUCCGGGCCCCCGGACAGCCUCAGUGACCACUUUACCCUGUCCUUCUGGAUGAAGCAUGGUGUCACUCCCAACAAGGGCAAAAAGGAAGAGGAAACCAUCGUGUGUAACACUGUCCAGAAUGAGGACGGCUUCUCUCACUACUCGCUGACCGUCCACGGCUGCAGAAUCGCCUUCCUCUACUGGCCUCUACUUGAGAGUGCCCGGCCAGUCAAGUUCCUCUGGAAGCUGGAGCAGGUCUGCGAUGACGAGUGGCACCACUAUGCUUUGAAUCUCGAGUUCCCCACGGUCACACUCUAUGCAGAUGGCAUCUCUUUCGACCCCGCCCUCAUCCACGACAAUGGUCUCAUCCACCCGCCCCGAAGGGAGCCUGCGCUCAUGAUUGGGGCCUGCUGGGCUGGUAAGUCCCCCUGCCUCAACCCCGAGCUUCUCCAUGGAGGUGCUCAUGGUAGAGGUGCCCAGUGGUUGGUGGAGGAGCAAGGGCAGCUUGACCUUAUGACCUCCUCUCACAUCCUGGGUUACCUGAGCAGCCCAGCUGCCUUCUUCACUUCGCCCAGCAUUGCUCCACAGAGGGCCUCCUUAGGGAGUGUGGGGGUUCCUGGGUCCUACAAGGGACAGUUUUGCUCCAGAUUCCUGGUGAGGGACCCCGUGAGCCAAGUCCACGUGAACCCCUCGCAGUCCCUGCUCACCCUGGAGGGGGAUGAUGUGGAGACCUUCAACCAUGCCCUGCAGCAUGUGGCUUACAUGAAUACUCUGCGCUUUGCCACACCUGGCGUCAGGCCCCUGCGCCUCACCACUGCCGUCAAGUGCUUCAGUGAAGAGUCCUGUGUCUCCAUCCCUGAAGUGGAGGGCUAUGUGGUGGUGCUACAGCCGGAUGCCCCCCAGAUCCUGCUGAGCGGCACUGCUCAUUUUGCCCGCCCAGCUGUGGACUUCGAAGGACCCGAGGGGGUUCCUUUGUUCCCUGAUCUCCAGAUCACUUGCUCCAUUUCGCACCAGGUGGAGGCCAAAAAGGACGAGAGUUGGCAAGGCACAGUGACAGACACUCGCAUGUCAGACGAGAUCGUGCACAACCUGGACGGCUGUGAGAUCUCCCUGGUGGGGGAUGACCUGGAUCCCGAGCGGGAAAGUCUGCUCCUGGACAUGGCAUCCUUGCAGCAGCGAGGCCUGGAGCUCACCAACACAUCCGCCUACCUCACCAUUGCCGGGGUGGAGAGCAUCACCGUGUAUGAAGAUAUUCUGAGGCAGGCGCGUUAUCGCCUGCGACACGGAGCAGCCCUCUACGCCAGGAAGUUCCGGCUCUCCUGCUCAGAAAUGAAUGGGCGUUACUCCAGCAAUGAAUUCAUCGUGGAGGUCAGCGUCCUGCAUAGCGUGAACCGGGUGGCUCACCCCAGCCACAUGCUCAGCUCCCAGCAGUUCCUGCACCGCGGGCACCAGCCACCGCCUGAGAUGGCUGGACACAGCCUGGCCAGCUCCCACCGCAACUCCAUGGUCCCCAGUGCGGCCACCCUCAUCAUCGUGGUGUGCGUGGGCUUCCUGGUGCUCAUGGUUGUCCUGGGUCUCGUGCGCAUCCACUCACUGCACCGCCGCGUCUCGGGGGCCAGCGGGCCUCCCGGGGCCUCCAGCGAUCCCAAGGACCCCGACCUCUUCUGGGAUGACUCAGCUCUCACCAUUAUCGUGAACCCCAUGGAGUCCUACCAGAGCCGGCAGGUCUGCGUGGCGGGCACUGCGGGUGGCCAGCAGGACGAUGAGGACAGCAGCGACUCGGAGGCGGCUGACUCGCCCAGCAGUGACGAGAGACGCAUCAUCGAGACCCCCCCUCACCGCUACUGAGGCCUCUGCCCCUCCCCAGACAGAGAAUUCCGUCCCGGAGAGUCAGACACACCGAAGAGACAGAAGGACCUUCUUAGAGGAGAGAGACCCGGUGGGGUGGAGAAGAGAGCUCUUAGAAGAGUCCUCUCCUAAUCUCAGAAUCUGGGGGCCCACCAGAGCCCGCCCCCUCCCCCUCAGCCCCCAGCCCACCCCCGGCUCCAUGCCUCUGGGCUCCUACUCCUGGGUUGGGGAGAUUCUGGCUGCCUUGUCUGUCCCCAGGCAGCCACCCCCUUUGCUGACUCACGUCUGUCUCUUCCCCCACCAGCCAUGUGCUGUAUGGGAGUGGGGGGGCGGUGUGGCACUGAAGAAAACUUUGUCUCCUGCCCUUACCUUCUCUCCUGUCCACGGGGCCCCCUGGCCGGGCAUUCUCUGCUUCUCUUAACGAGCCCCCCUCUUUCCAUUUCACUCUGGGGAUCCCCUCUUCUCCUGGCCUCCUUCCCUCCUCUUUCCUCUCCUUGCCUGAGGUCUUGCAGCCCCUGCCCCUUUCUCCGAGACCUGGCUGUGGCUGGGUUGUAGGGGUGGGAGUGGGGUGGGGGCCCGGGUGGAUUAUAUAUAAUGUAUAUUUUUUCAUGUCGUCGUGAGCGCAGCCCCUGUGUUCCGUGUGCAGCUCACAACCUUGUGUGCGUGUGGCAUCGUCACGUCCUGGGGUGGGAGUGGGGGUCGGGGGGUGGGUGUGUGAGGGAGGGGACACACCCUAGGGUUUUCAAAUAAAACAACUGGAAAAAAUCCUGGU